AUGGGAAAUGUUGUUGGAAUUGAAGGUAGGUUUGCAUUGCGAGGAAUGCAUCAAGAAAAUCUUGAAAAGGCCAUCAAGAAGAUUGAAGAUAUUGAAACAUAUAAUGUGGACGCACAACUGAACAAGGUCACAGUGACUGGAAACGUUACAACAGAACAACUCGUUAGGGUUCUUCAAAAGAUUGGAAAGAUGGCAACCACUUGGGAAGAAGAAGGACAAGGAGAGGGAGAGGGAGUAAAUUCUUGA